UUCCUCCUCGUCUAAAGCAAACAAGCGAUUCAGCCUUUGUCAAUUCAUCUCACAAUGGCCACGUGCGUACCCCAACGUAACCACCUUUGCCCCUCCCCCGCCUUGCAACACUUCAGAUGAAAUGUCACGAUGCUAUCUUCAACCCUCACCAAACCACCAUAAUUAUCUGCCAUUGAAUCAUCACCACCACCACGAAUACUCCAAACAAAAGCUAACUCCCAACAUCAGCAACAUCACUUGGCAUCCCUCCCUCUCCCGCCGCGAGCGCAACCAGCUCCGCAACCAGCGCGGCCUCACCAUCUGGCUCACAGGCCUCUCCGCCUCCGGCAAAUCCACCGUCGCCACCGCCCUCGAGCAGCACCUCCUCCACCUAGGCCUCGCCGCCUACCGCCUCGACGGCGACAACGUCCGCUUCGGCCUCAACAAGGACCUCGGCUUCUCCGAAAAGGACCGCAACGAGAACAUCCGCCGCAUCUCCGAGGUCGCGAAGCUCUUCGCCGACGCCUCCACCAUCGCAAUCACCUCCUUCAUCUCGCCCUACCGCGCCGACCGCGACCUCGCCCGUGAGCUGCACGCCAAGACGGAGCAGGACGGCGACGAGCCUAUUCCCUUUGUCGAGGUCUUUGUCGACGUGCCCCUCGAGGUGGCCGAGCAGCGCGACCCCAAGGGUCUCUACAAGAAGGCUCGUGCUGGCGAGAUCAAGGAGUUCACUGGCAUUUCGGCUCCUUAUGAGGAGCCUGUCAACGCUGAGAUUACAAUCAAGACGCAUGAGAACACGGUUGAGGAGUGCGUUGCGCAAAUCACAAACUGGCUCAUCGCCAAGGGCUACGUCAAGAGUGAGGUCAAGAACUAG